CGCGUGUUCCGUGUGGUUCUCAAGCAGGACUCAUGUGCCCGCCGGUUUGACAGAGCAAACUCCACCCAGCACACACACACACACGCGCGCACGCGCGCACACGCACAUGCGACCUGAGAACCUGUGGCAGCGUGGUCGGCUGCUUGGAGUGAAAAGUUGCGUGGGUCAAAGUCCAUCAGUGGACUUUUUUUUGAAGACAUGCAGCAAACAUGGCCGCGGUAGCCGCGAGGGAACUUCCGUUCGAAAGUGACUUUCUGGAGGUUCUGGUGCGGGAUCGCUGGCACAAAGUUUGGGCGCACUUGAACGAGGAGGCGCUGACGUUAAGCUGCGACGAGAGCGACACAAAUGGCGUCCCCGUCAACGGAUCCUACCUCGACAACAACAACUCCAACAACGGUCCGGCAAGUGCGCGCGCCGCACACCUGGACCAGCACGAGCCGGUACCGGAGAGCAUCGCGAACCGGAAGCGCUACGUCCAGGUGACCAAGCAGGACGUCGGCGGACUGGGGAUCAGUAUCAAAGGAGGCAGGGAGAAUAAGAUGCCGAUACUGAUCAGUAAGAUCUUCCAAGGGCUGGCCGCCGACCAGACCCAGGCGCUGUACGUCGGAGACGCCAUCCUGUCCGUCGGCGGUGUCAACCUGAGGGACGCGACCCACGACGAGGCGGUGCAGGCGCUCAAACGGGCCGGGAAAGAAGUGACUCUGGAAGUCAAGUACAUGCGAGAGGCAACGCCGUACGUCAAAAGGGGUUCACCAGUGUCAGAAAUCGGAUGGGAAACGCCCCCACCAGAGUCCCCGCGUUUCAGCAGCACUCCCAUCAUCUCUCCGCCCGCCUCCCCCUCAGCUCAGAGCUCUCUUCUUCAGCUGCCCCUGUCCCUGCAGGGCGACCGGCGAUGCUUUCCGCUCAGGAUGUGUUACGUAACUCGAGCCAUGACCACAGCAGACCCAGACAACAGACAAGUGGAACUGCACUCCCCUGAUGCCAGACACACUGUGGUGCUGCGCUGUCCAGACCAACCAUCUGCCCUCACUUGGUUCUCAGCCAUGCAUGCUGUCACAUCCACACUGGCCCAGCGGGCACUGGCUGAGGUCAUCCAUCACAAAACCAGGUCAGGGGUUGCUGGCAGCAAAGAGAUAAGACAUCUGGGAUGGCUAGCUGGGAAGCAAAGUGAGAGUGAGAAGCAGUGCUGGAAGCCUGUGCUGGUGGUGAUGACGGAGAAAGACCUGCUGCUCUAUGACAGCCUGCCACCAAGCACUGAGGCCUGGCAGAGCCCAGCACACACGUAUCCACUUCUCGCCACGCGUCUGGUGCACUCCGGGCCCGACAGAGGUUCUCCUUUCUCGGGCACCGAGCUCUUCUUUGCCACUCGGACCGGCACACGUCUCGGCAUAGAGACUCAUCUUUUCCGAGCCGAAACCAGCAAGGAUUUAUCGCUGUGGAGUCGACGAAUAGUCAACGGAUGUCACUCUUCAGCUGAGAUGAUCAAAGAAGUCAGUACCAGUUGCCUUUACCUGGGCCAGGAGUGCCGCCUGGUGAUCCACUAUGAGCACGGCAUCUCUGUGGUGGCUCCAUCCAAAGCCCUAGAUGGUGAGAGCGGGAAGGAGGCGGGAUCUCACACACCUACUGAAAACCGAGCGCUCCUUUCCUACCCCUAUGAAAAACUGAGGAUGUCGUCAGACGAUGGAGUUCGGAUGAUAUCCCUUGACUUUGGAGGAAAAGAGGGGGAGAUUCAACUGGACCUGCACUCAUGUCCAAAGCCAAUCGUCUUCAUCCUCCACUCCUUCCUCUCAGCUAAGAUCUCCCGACUGGGCUUAGUGGCCUGACUGCAACCCCAAACAAAUGGGCUGAGUGGCCUGACUGCAACCCCAAACGACUGGGCUUAGUGGCCUGACUGCAACCCCAAACGACUGGGCUUAGUGGCCUGACUGCAACCCCAAACGACUGGGAUUAGUGGCCUGACUGCAACCCCAAACGACUGGGCUAAGUGGCCGGACUACAACCCCAAACGACUGGGCUUAGUGGCCUGACUGCAACCCCAAACGACUGGGCUUUGUGGCCUGACUGCAACCCCAAACGACUGGGCUUAGUGGCCUGACUGCAACCCCAAACGACUGGGCUUAGUGGCCUGACUGCAACCCCAAACGACUGGGCUUAGUGGCCUGACUGCAACCCCGAACGACUGGGCUUAGUGGCCUGACUGCAACCCCAAACGACUGGGCUUAGUGGCCUGACUGCAACCCCAAACAAAUGGGCUUAGUGGCCUGACUGCAACCCCAAACGACUGGGCUUAGUGGCCUGACUGCAACCCCAAACAAAUGGGCUUAGUGGCCUGUCUGUAACCCCAAACGACUGGGCUUAGUGGCCUGUCUAUAAACCAAACGACUGGGCUUAGUGGCCUGACUGCAACCCCAAACGACUGGGAUUAGUGGCCUGACUGCAACCCCAAACGACUAGGCUAAGUGGCCGGACUACAACCCCAAACGACUGGGCUUAGUGGCCUGACUGCAACCCCAAACGACUGGGCUUUGUGGCCUGACUGCAACCCCAAACGACUGGGCUUAGUGGCCUGACUGCAACCCCAAACGACUGGGCUAAGUGGCCGGACUACAACCCCAAACGACUGGGCUUAGUGGCCUGACUGCAACCCCAAACGACUGGGCUUAGUGGCCUGACUGCAACCCCGAACGACUGGGCUUAGUGGCCUGACUGCAACCCCAAACGACUGGGCUUAGUGGCCUGACUGCAACCCCAAACAAAUGGGCUUAGUGGCCUGACUGCAACCCCAAACGACUGGGCUUAGUGGCCUGACUGCAACCCCAAACAAAUGGGCUGAGUGGCCUGUCUGUAACCCCAAACGACUGGGCUUAGUGGCCUGUCUAUAAACCAAACGACUGGGCUUAGUGGCCUGACUGCAACCCCAAACGACUGGGCUUAGUGGCCUGACUGCAACCCCAAACGACUGGGCUAAGUGGCCUGACUGCAACCCCAAACGACUGGCCUUAGUGGCCUGACUGCAACCCCAAACGACUGGGCUUAGUGGCCUGACUGCAACCCCAAACAAAUGGGCUUAGUGGCUUGACUGCAACCCCAAACGACUGGGCUUAGUGGCUUGACUGCAACCCCAAACAAAUGGGCUUAGUGGCCUGACUGCAACCCCAAACGACUGGGCUUAGUGGCCUGUCUGUAACCCCAAACGACUGGGCUUAGUGGCCUGUCUAUAACCCCAAACGACUGGGCUUAGUGGCCUGACUGCAACCCCAAACAAAUGGGCUUAGUGGCUUGACUGCAACCCCAAACGACUGGGCUUAGUGGCCUGACUGCAACCCCAAACAAAUGGGCUUAGUGGCCUGACUGCAACCCCAAACAAAUGGGCUUAGUGGCCUGUCUGUAACCCCAAACGACUGGGCUUAGUGGCCUGUCUAUAACCCCAAACGACUGGGCUUAGUGGCCUGACUGCAACCUCAAACGACUGGGCUUAGUGGCCUGACUGCAACCCCAAACAAAUGGGCUUAGUGGCUUGACUGCAACCCCAAACGACUGGGCUUAGUGGCCUGUCUGUAACCCCAAACGACUGGGCUUAGUGGCCUGACUGCAACCCCAAACGACUGGGCUUAGUGGCCUGACUGCAACCCCAAACGACUGGGCUAAGUGGCCGGACUACAACCCCAAACGACUGGGCUUAGUGGCCUGACUGCAACCCCAAACGACUGGGCUUUGUGGCCUGACUGCAACCCCAAACGACUGGGCUUAGUGGCCUGACUGCAACCCCAAACGACUGGGCUUAGUGGCCUGACUGCAACCCCAAACGACUGGGCUUAGUGGCCUGACUGCAACCCCAAACGACUGGGCUUAGUGACCUGACUGCAACCCCAAACGACUGGGCUUAGUGGCCUGACUGCAACCCCAAACAAAUGGGCUUAGUGGCCUGACUGCAACCCCAAACGACUGGGCUUAGUGGCCUGACUGCAACCCCAAACAAAUGGGCUUAGUGGCCUGUCUGUAACCCCAAACGACUGGGCUUAGUGGCCUGUCUAUAACCCAAACGACUGGGCUUAGUGGCCUUUCUGUAACCCCAAACGACUGGGCUUAGUGGCCUGUCUAUAACCCCAAACGACUGGGCUUAGUGGCCUGACUGCAACCCCAAACAAAUGGGCUUAGUGGCUUGACUGCAACCCCAAACGACUGGGCUUAGUGGCCUGACUGCAACCCCAAACAAAUGGGCUUAGUGGCCUGACUGCAACCUCAAACGACUGGGCUUAGUGGCCUGACUGCAACCCCAAACAAAUGGGCUUAGUGGCCUGUCUGUAACCCCAAACGACUGGGCUUAGUGGCCUGUCUGUAACCCCAAAUGACUGGGCUUAGUGGCCUGACUGCAACCCCAAACGACUGGGCUUAGUGGCCUGACUGCAACCCCAAACGACUGGGCUAAGUGGCCUGACUGCAACCCCAAACGACUGGCCUUAGUGGCCUGACUGCAACCCCAAACGACUGGGCUUAGUGGCCUGACUGCAACCCCAAACGACUGGGCUUAGUGGCCUGACUGCAACCCCAAACAAAUGGGCUUAGUGGCCUGACUGCAACCCCAAACGACUGGGCUUAGUGGCCUGACUGCAACCCCAAACGACUGGGCUUUGUGGCCUGACUGCAACCCCAAACAAAUGGGCUUAGUGGCCUGUCUGUAACCCCAAACGACUGGGCUUAGUGGCCUGUCUAUAACCCCAAACGACUGGGCUUAGUGGCCUGUCUGUAACCCCAAACGACUGGGCUUAGUGGCCUGACUGCAACCCCAAACGACUGGGCUUAGUGGCCUGACUGCAACCCCAAACGACUGGGCUAAGUGGCCGGACUACAACCCCAAACGACUGGGCUUAGUGGCCUGACUGCAACCCCAAACGACUGGGCUUUGUGGCCUGACUGCAACCCCAAACGACUGGGCUUAGUGGCCUGACUGCAACCCCAAACGACUGGGCUUAGUGGCCUGACUGCAACCCCAAACGACUGGGCUUAGUGGCCUGACUGCAACCCCAAACGACUGGGCUUAGUGGCCUGACUGCAACCCCAAACGACUGGGCUUAGUGGCCUGACUGCAACCCCAAACAAAUGGGCUUAGUGGCCUGACUGCAACCCCAAACGACUGGGCUUAGUGGCCUGACUGCAACCCCAAACAAAUGGGCUUAGUGGCCUGUCUGUAACCCCAAACGACUGGGCUUAGUGGCCUGUCUAUAACCCAAACGACUGGGCUUAGUGGCCUGACUGCAACCCCAAACGACUGGGCUUAGUGGCCUGACUGCAACCCCAAACGACUGGGCUAAGUGGCCUGACUGCAACCCCAAACGACUGGCCUUAGUGGCCUGACUGCAACCCCAAACGACUGGGCUUAGUGGCCUGACUGCAACCCCAAACAAAUGGGCUUAGUGGCUUGACUGCAACCCCAAACGACUGGGCUUAGUGGCUUGACUGCAACCCCAAACAAAUGGGCUUAGUGGCCUGACUGCAACCCCAAACGACUGGGCUUAGUGGCCUGUCUGUAACCCCAAACGACUGGGCUUAGUGGCCUGUCUAUAACCCCAAACGACUGGGCUUAGGGGCCUGACUGCAACCCCAAAAAAAUGGGCUUAGUGGCUUGACUGCAACCCCAAACGACUGGGCUUAGUGGCCUGACUGCAACCCCAAACAAAUGGGCUUAGUGGCCUGACUGCAACCCCAAACAAAUGGGCUUAGUGGCCUGUCUGUAACCCCAAACGACUGGGCUUAGUGGCCUGUCUGUAACCCCAAACGACUGGGCUUAGUGGCCUGACUGCAACCUCAAACGACUGGGCUUAGUGGCCUGACUGCAACCCCAAACAAAUGGGCUUAGUGGCUUGACUGCAACCCCAAACGACUGGGCUUAGUGGCCUGACUGCAACCCCAAACAACUGGGCUUAGUGGCCUGACUGCAACCCCAAACGACUGGCCUUAGUGGCCUGUCUGCAACCCCAAACGACUGGGCUUAGUGGCCUGACUGGAACCCCAAACGACUGGGUUUAGUGGCUUGACUGCAACCCCAAACAAAUGGGCUUAGUGGCCUGACUGCAACCCCAAACAAAUGGGCUUAGUGGCCUGACUGCAACCCCAAACAAAUGGGCUUAGUGGCCUGACUGCAACCCCAAACGACUGGGCUUAGUGGUCUGACUGCAACCCCAAACGACUGGGCUAAGUGGCCUGACUGCAACCCCAAACGACUGGCCUUAGUGGCCUGACUGCAACCCCAAACGACUGGGCUUAGUGGCCUGACUGCAACCCCAAACAAAUGGGCUUAGUGGCCUGACUGCAACCCCAAACGACUGGGCUUAGUGGCCUGUCUGUAACCCCAAACGACUGGGCUUAGUGGCCUGACUGCAACCCCAAACGACUGGGCUAAGUGGCCUGACUGCAACCCCAAACGACUGGCCUUAGUGGCCUGACUGCAACCCCAAACGACUGGCCUUAGUGGCCUGACUGCAACCCCAAACGACUGGGCUUAGUGGCCUGACUGGAACCCCAAACGACUGGGCUUAGUGGCCUGUCUGCAACCCCAAACGACUGGGCUUAGUGGCCUGACUGCAACCCGAAACGACUGGGCUAAGUGGCCUGACUGCAACCCCAAACGACUGGGCUUAGUGGCCUGACUGCAACCCCAAAUGACUGGACUUAGUGGCCUGACUGCAACCCCAAACGACUGGGCUUAGUGGCCUGACUGCAACCCCAAACAGAUGGGCUUAGUGGCCUGACGGCAACCCCAAACGACUGGGCUUAGUGGCCUGUCUGUAACCCCAAACGACUGGGCUUAGUGGCCUGUCUGUAACCCCAAAUGACUGGGCUUAGUGGCCUGACUGCAACCCCAAACGACUGGGCUUAGUGGCCUGACUGCAACCCCAAACGACUGGGCUAAGUGGCCUGACUGCAACCCCAAACGACUGGCCUUAGUGGCCUGACUGCAACCCCAAACGACUGGGCUUAGUGGCCUGACUGCAACCCCAAACGACUGGGCUAAGUGGCCUGACUGCAACCCCAAACGACUGGCCUUAGUGGCCUGACUGCAACCCCAAACGACUGGCCUUAGUGGCCUGACUGCAACCCCAAACGACUGGGCUUAGUGGCCUGACUGCAACCCCAAACGACUGGGCUUAGUGGCCUGUCUGCAACCCCAAACGACUGGGCUUAGUGGCCUGACUGCAACCCCAAACGACUGGGCUAAGUGGCCUGACUGCAACCCCAAACGACUGGACUUAGUGGCCUGACUGCAACCCCAAACGACUGGGCUUAGUGGCCUGACUGCAACCCCAAACGACUGGGCUUAGUCGCCUGUCUGCAACCCCAAACGACUGGGCUUAGUGGCCUGACUGCAACCCCAAACGACUGGGCUUAGUGGCCCGACUGCAACCCCAAACGACUGGGCUUAGUGGCCCGACUGCAACCCCAAACGACUGGGCUUUGUGGCCCGACAUCAACCCCAAACAACUGGGCUUAGUGGCCCGACUGCAACCCCAAACGACUGGCCUUAGUGGCCCGACUGCAACCCCAAACGACUGGGCUUAGUGGCCUGACUGCAACCCCAAACGACUGGGCUUAGUGGCCUGUCUGCAACCCCAAACGACUGGGCUUAGUGGCCUGACUGCAACCCCAAACGACUGGGCUAAGUGGCCUGACUGCAACCCCAAACGACUGGACUUAGUGGCCUGACUGCAACCCCAAACGACUGGGCUUAGUGGCCUGACUGCAACCCCAAACGACUGGGCUUAGUGGCCUGUCUGCAACCCCAAACGACUGGGCUUAGUGGCCUGACUGCAACCCCAAACGACUGGGCUUAGUGGCCUGUCUGCAACCCCAAACGACUGGGCUUAGUGGCCUGACUGCAACCCCAAACGACUGGGCUUAGUGGCCUGACUGCAACCCCAAACGACUGGGCUUAGUGGCCUGACUGCAACCCCAAACGACUGGGCUUAGUCGCCUGUCUGCAACCCCAAACGACUGGGCUUAGUGGCCCGACUGCAACCCCAAACGACUGGGCUUAGUGGCCCGACUGCAACCCCAAACGACUGGGCUUAGUGGCCCGACUGCAACCCCAAACGACUGGGCUUUGUGGCCCGACAUCAACCCCAAACAACUGGGCUUAGUGGCCCGACUGCAACCCCAAACGACUGGCCUUAGUGGCCCGACUGCAACCCCAAACGACUGGGCUUAGUGGCCCGACUGCAACCCCAAACGACUGGGCUUAGUGGCCUGACUGCAACCCCAAACGACUGGGCUUAGUGGCCCGACUGCAACCCCAAACGACUGGGCUUAGUGGCCCGACUGCAACCCCAAACGACUGGGCUUUGUGGCCCGACAUCAACCCCAAACAACUGGGCUUAGUGGCCCGACUGCAACCCCAAACGACUGGCCUUAGUGGCCCGACUGCAACCCCAAACGACUGGGCUUAGUGGCCUGACUGCAACCCCAAACGACUGGGCUUAGUGGCCUGUCUGCAACCCCAAACGACUGGGCUUAGUGGCCUGACUGCAACCCCAAACGACUGGGCUAAGUGGCCUGACUGCAACCCCAAACGACUGGACUUAGUGGCCUGACUGCAACCCCAAACGACUGGGCUUAGUGGCCUGACUGCAACCCCAAACGACUGGGCUUAGUGGCCUGUCUGCAACCCCAAACGACUGGGCUUAGUGGCCUGACUGCAACCCCAAACGACUGGGCUUAGUGGCCUGUCUGCAACCCCAAACGACUGGGCUUAGUGGCCUGACUGCAACCCCAAACGACUGGGCUUAGUGGCCUGACUGCAACCCCAAACGACUGGGCUUAGUGGCCUGACUGCAACCCCAAACGACUGGGCUUAGUCGCCUGUCUGCAACCCCAAACGACUGGGCUUAGUGGCCCGACUGCAACCCCAAACGACUGGGCUUAGUGGCCCGACUGCAACCCCAAACGACUGGGCUUAGUGGCCCGACUGCAACCCCAAACGACUGGGCUUUGUGGCCCGACAUCAACCCCAAACAACUGGGCUUAGUGGCCCGACUGCAACCCCAAACGACUGGGCUUAGUGGCCUGACUGCAACCCCAAACGACUGGGCUUAGUGGCCUGACUGCAACCCCAAACGACUGGGCUUAGUGGCCUGUCUGCAACCCCAAACGACUGGACUUAGUGGCCUGACUGCAACCCCAAACGACUGGGCUUAGUGGCCUGACUGCAACCCCAAACGACUGGGCUUAGUGGCCUGUCUGCAACCCCAAACGACUGGGCUUAGUGGCCUGACUGCAACCCCAAACGACUGGGCUAAGUGGCCUGACUGCAACCCCAAACGACUGGACUUAGUGGCCUGACUGCAACCCCAAACGACUGGGCUUAGUGGCCUGACUGCAACCCCAAACGACUGGGCUUAGUCGCCUGUCUGCAACCCCAAACGACUGGGCUUAGUGGCCUGACUGCAACCCCAAACGACUGGGCUUAGUGGCCCGACUGCAACCCCAAACGACUGGGCUUAGUGGCCCGACUGCAACCCCAAACGACUGGGCUUUGUGGCCCGACAUCAACCCCAAACAACUGGGCUUAGUGGCCCGACUGCAACCCCAAACGACUGGCCUUAGUGGCCCGACUGCAACCCCAAACGACUGGGCUUAGUGGCCUGACUGCAACCCCAAACGACUGGGCUUAGUGGCCUGUCUGCAACCCCAAACGACUGGGCUUAGUGGCCUGACUGCAACCCCAAACGACUGGGCUAAGUGGCCUGACUGCAACCCCAAACGACUGGACUUAGUGGCCUGACUGCAACCCCAAACGACUGGGCUUAGUGGCCUGACUGCAACCCCAAACGACUGGGCUUAGUGGCCUGUCUGCAACCCCAAACGACUGGGCUUAGUGGCCUGACUGCAACCCCAAACGACUGGGCUUAGUGGCCUGUCUGCAACCCCAAACGACUGGGCUUAGUGGCCUGACUGCAACCCCAAACGACUGGGCUUAGUGGCCUGACUGCAACCCCAAACGACUGGGCUUAGUGGCCUGACUGCAACCCCAAACGACUGGGCUUAGUCGCCUGUCUGCAACCCCAAACGACUGGGCUUAGUGGCCCGACUGCAACCCCAAACGACUGGGCUUAGUGGCCCGACUGCAACCCCAAACGACUGGGCUUAGUGGCCCGACUGCAACCCCAAACGACUGGGCUUUGUGGCCCGACAUCAACCCCAAACAACUGGGCUUAGUGGCCCGACUGCAACCCCAAACGACUGGCCUUAGUGGCCCGACUGCAACCCCAAACGACUGGGCUUAGUGGCCCGACUGCAACCCCAAACGACUGGGCUUAGUGGCCUGACUGCAACCCCAAACGACUGGGCUUAGUGGCCCGACUGCAACCCCAAACGACUGGGCUUAGUGGCCCGACUGCAACCCCAAACGACUGGGCUUUGUGGCCCGACAUCAACCCCAAACAACUGGGCUUAGUGGCCCGACUGCAACCCCAAACGACUGGCCUUAGUGGCCCGACUGCAACCCCAAACGACUGGGCUUAGUGGCCUGACUGCAACCCCAAACGACUGGGCUUAGUGGCCUGUCUGCAACCCCAAACGACUGGGCUUAGUGGCCUGACUGCAACCCCAAACGACUGGGCUAAGUGGCCUGACUGCAACCCCAAACGACUGGACUUAGUGGCCUGACUGCAACCCCAAACGACUGGGCUUAGUGGCCUGACUGCAACCCCAAACGACUGGGCUUAGUGGCCUGUCUGCAACCCCAAACGACUGGGCUUAGUGGCCUGACUGCAACCCCAAACGACUGGGCUUAGUGGCCUGUCUGCAACCCCAAACGACUGGGCUUAGUGGCCUGACUGCAACCCCAAACGACUGGGCUUAGUGGCCUGACUGCAACCCCAAACGACUGGGCUUAGUGGCCUGACUGCAACCCCAAACGACUGGGCUUAGUCGCCUGUCUGCAACCCCAAACGACUGGGCUUAGUGGCCCGACUGCAACCCCAAACGACUGGGCUUAGUGGCCCGACUGCAACCCCAAACGACUGGGCUUAGUGGCCCGACUGCAACCCCAAACGACUGGGCUUUGUGGCCCGACAUCAACCCCAAACAACUGGGCUUAGUGGCCCGACUGCAACCCCAAACGACUGGCCUUAGUGGCCCGACUGCAACCCCAAACGACUGGGCUUAGUGGCCCGACUGCAACCCCAAACGACUGGGCUUAGUGGCCUGUCUGCAACCCCAAACGACUGGGCUUAGUGGCCUGACUGCAACCCCAAACGACUGGGCUAAGUGGCCUGACUGCAACCCCAAACGACUGGACUUAGUGGCCUGACUGCAACCCCAAACGACUGGGCUUAGUGGCCUGACUGCAACCCCAAACGACUGGGCUUAGUGGCCUGUCUGCAACCCCAAACGACUGGGCUUAGUGGCCUGACUGCAACCCCAAACGACUGGGCUUAGUGGCCUGUCUGCAACCCCAAACGACUGGGCUUAGUGGCCUGACUGCAACCCCAAACGACUGGGCUUAGUGGCCUGACUGCAACCCCAAACGACUGGGCUUUGUGGCCCGACUGCAACCCCAAACAACUGGGCUUAGUGGCGUCACUGCAACCCCAAACGACUGGGCUUAGUGGACUGACUGCAACCCCAAACGGAUGUUGGACGUCCGCAUCUGUGCAGUUCGACCCCUCUAAGUCUGAGACCCAGGCUGAAUGUAGCAUCUUUCUCUUCUGAAACCACCAGUCAAGAUAACAACCAGAUAUUUGCUACAAACUGGACCAUAAAGUCACGAAUGUACACAACAACUAGGCAUUGCUGACAUUCACAACAAAGAUUCACUGUAAUUUCACUGAUGAUUCCUUUUUUUCCGUUAAUUUAUUCACUAUCAUCUUUAUGAGAACACUAGAGUGUAAAAACUAUUGUUAGCAUCAACCACACUGGCUCUGAUUAUACGACAACAAAAUGCAAAUCCACAUUAAGUAAUUUCUUCAAAAUCAUUCGGAAACCAUUUGUGCUGUUACAUUACUAAGUCUAUUAUAUUUUUGUCGCUUUAACUACUGGUAUUAGCAACCUAAUGACCACAAGAACACAUUAGCAACUCAGAAAUCUUGCAUUCUGAAUCUAGCUGUACAGUAAUGAUUAAAACAAUUAUAUAUGUUUAAGACUAAGACUAUUUCACCCAGAUUAUAAGCACAACUGACUAAUAUUUGUAUAGUUUUACAGUUUCUGCAAUAAACCGAUAUGUUGCAAAGCCAAGCCAAUGCUAA